AAUAAUAAUAAUUUUGGGUGUUUUAGAUAUUUCGUUGGUCGGCAUUGAAAUCUCUCCGUUUUUCAUUGUUCUUCAAAACACACAAUCCCGAGUCUCUCUCCUUCUCUGUCCUACCUUUGAAAAUUUUCUUCCAUUUUCAAGAAUGGUUCGAUUCUUCGCCGCUUUUCAGCUUCUACUACUCAUUGGAUUUCUUUCUUCUGGAUCGGAAUCUCUUCAAUUCGAUUUGCAGUCCGGCCACACCAAAUGCAUCUCUGAGGACAUUAAGCAGAACGCCAUGACCGUCGGCAAGUAUCAUGUUGUUAAUCCCAACGUAGGCCAGCCCUUGACUGAUGAGCGCAAGCUCAUUGUUCGGGUGACUUCGGCCACUGGGAAUACUUACCACUACUCCGACAAGGUGGAAUCGGGGCAAUUUGGGUUUGUUGCUGCGGAGGCGGGUGAUUUCAUGGCCUGUUUUUGGGCUCCCGAUCACCAGCCUCAAGUCAUAUUAUCGGUGGAUUUCGAUUGGAGGACGGGUGUGGCUGCCAAGGACUGGUCCAAUGUUGCUAAGAAGGGCUCUGUCGAAGUUAUGGAAUUGGAGGUGCAGAAGUUAUUUGAAACUGCCAAUUCUAUUCAAGAAGAAAUGUAUUAUCUCCGAGAAAGGGAGGAAGAGAUGCAAGAUCUGAACAGAAGUACAAACACAAAGAUGGCAUGGUUGAGUUUGCUCUCGCUUUUUGUUUGCUUAUCGGUGGCUGGAUUGCAAAUAUGGCACUUGAAGACCUUUUUUGAGAAAAAGAAGCUUAUUUGAUUUUUCUUUAUUCAAACUCAGUAUUUGUAAACUAUCAUAACGAAAUGAGCCUCUUCUUCAGUGUAGAUUAGUUAUUGGUUUGCAUUUUGAGAUAAAAAUUAGGCUUUCUAUCUGUUGGGAUAUGAACUAUAGUCUCUCUAAAUCAACUUUUACAGCAGCAAGUAAGAUUUUUUUACACAA